AUGGCAGCCCCAGCCCCUAAAGUCCCCGAAGGCGGCAGUCCCGGCUCCUAUUUCAGCCUGACGAACUCCCGGGUAAUCAGCUGGCUGGGAGCCCAGGCUUCCUUCCAGCAGAGGACCCUGGGAGACCCCUUCGUCUCCGCGAGGAGACAGAUGCUGGAGAAGUACUUCGCCUACCUUGAAGAGUGCCGCGACCUCUACGGCAACAGUCUCCCCAAAGACCUCUACAACGGCAAGGAAUCUCUCCUCAAAGGCCUUGUGCGCAUCUUCGACGUCGAGUUCGUGGCAAAGCAACGCCUGUUCACCGACCAGGAUAAGAACCGAGCUCAGAUUCUCCACUACUGGGCCAGCACCGCGGAAGCCGCUCCCGAAAUCCCUACGCCUGUCGGAUUAUCCAUCGCGAACAGCAGAGCUACUUCCUCUCGCGGUUCUACUUCUACCACGAGCGGCGGAGGCCCGUCUGCUGGAGUCAUCCGAAAGCCUCCUUCCGGCCACCCUAUCUGGGGCGUAAACGGAAUCAUGCACGGAAUCGCCACUACGGGUAAAAACAACACGAUGUGCCUGAACCCCGACUACAAGGAUAAGAAGCGCCGUGCGGACGUGUUUGGCCAUAAUGAUAUUGACGUCGGAAAAUGGUUCCCUUGCCAGCUGUCUGCACUCUUCAACGGCGGCCAUGGCUCCGCUCAAGGCGGCAUCUACGGCUCCAAGGACAACGGCGCGUAUUCCGUCAUCGUCUCCGGCACGUACCGAGGUCUCGACAAGGAUGAGGGCGAUGUCAUCUGGUACUCUGGCUCGAACGCGGCUGCAAACUACGAUCCGGAGAACCUGCUUCCUGUCAACGACGCCACCAACGCGCUCAUCACCAGCAGCAAGAAGGGAACGCUUGUUCGUGUUUUCCGAAAGGCAAUCGACAGCAAGACGACCACCUCCGUCUGGGCUCCAACCGUUGGUAUCCGCUACGACGGCCUUUACCACGUCGAGAAGUACUUCGAGGACAUCAACGAGAACGGUGGUAAAUACUUGAAGUUCAAGCUUGUCCGCGCUCUCGUCAACGGCAAGGAACAGACCUCUCUCGAGGAACUCAAGAGAGUACCCAGCCGGGCUCAGUGGAACAAGUACGAACGCAUCAAGCGCUAUUUCUGA